AUGAUCAGAAGGUUAAGAGGCGGAAAACAAAGUGUAGAGUACCCGCCAAUUAAUGAUAAAAACCGUAAACUGCCCGUGGGUUCUACUGACCGUUUGGUUCAAUGGCGAGAAUAUUUUUCGGAAUUAUUGAAUGUAAAUGCGUCUGUAGAUUCACAAAUUAUUGAUCAAAUAUCGGUUCUGGUGGUAUCAACUGAGGAAAAGCAUCGACAAGAAAAACUUCCGUUUUUACAAGAAUUACAGUUAACGUUGAAGCAAAUGAAAAACAGAAAGGCACCAAGUAACGAUGAUUUCAAAAGCUGGUGGAGUUUUACUUAG